UGUUAAAAUCGAAUGAUGGUAUCGCAGUAAAACUGAUUCUAUCAGCAAUUUUGAGGCAAGACCUAGCAAUCCGGCGUUGGAUCGCAACGUUCGUAUGUCUCUCAAGGAUCACUCUCCGGCAUAAAGUCCGCAUUGUUCCCUUCUCGCUGCAGCUCACUAUCCAUUCAGCAGCCGACGAGCAUACAGCAUCAUGUCGUCGCAACCCCGUCCCGAACUCCUUGGUCUUGCACCAGAACUAGUCCAGAAUGUGAUUAAGCAAGUCGGUGACAAAGGAGACUUGACCAACGUGCGACUGUCUUGCAAGACAUUGAAUAAGCACGCCACGACUGAGCUCUUCAAGGACGUGUUCGUCUCCCCCGAGCAUUCGCAUAUAAGCUCCUGGAACUCCAUCAGCCAGCAUGACGUUCUCAGGCAUGUACCCCGCCACGCAAUUAUCCAUACGCAGCCAGUCAUUGAAGACCUUGGCCUCGACACGUUCAGAGAGCGCGAGGAAAUUGGCGAGGACUUUGAGGAAGCCCUUGCUGCCUUAUCAAGAUUCCCAAACCUCGACUCGGUCGAGAUCGGCUUUACUCCAGAAUGUGUGGGUGCCGACGACCACCUUGACACGGAGUUGGCGGAGAGUAAAACACAGCGCGAAGAUAUGUUGAAGCUCAUCUUUCAGGCCAUCAGAGACAGGGCCGAAGACGGGAAGAACAGGAAGAUCCGUAAGAUGACCAUCAUCAACUUACAGAACUACCCCCUCCCGAAUUUCUCCUCUUCCGAUCUCUUCCGCGACGUCAUGAGCCAGCUGGAAGAGCUGCAUAUAUCUAUGACCCAGGAGUUCAACGAGCAUGGACCCGACCACGACUACACCAAAAUCGAGCUGCAAACCUUCCCGGCGUACCUCUGCUCCGACUGGCUGGCACCCAUCUCCACCCAUCUGAAGGCAUUGUCUGUUUAUCACCAAACGGACAAUUGGGGCCCCUUCCCUGGCUACUUUGACCCUAGCGGUAUCUCCUUUCCGAAGCUCGAGACACUGGCUCUGGGCUACUACACGCUUGCGCACGACAACGACAUCGACUGGAUUCUUGCUAUCAAAUCGUUACGAAAACUCAUCCUGCAAAAGUGCAUGAUUGCCUCCUGGAUCAAAAUCGAUGCCAACAACCUGGCUACGUGGAAGCCCCGGACGCGCGAUUGGACCAAGAUGCCCGACCAAUAUGGAGGCAGCUGGUGCGAGGGUUUCGUGUACGAUGGGAAGUGGAGCCAGAAUCUGGACCGAAUUGCGAGCGACUUGCCAAAUCUAGUCGACUUCCGAUUCGAUACUAUUUCGGGAUGGGGAGACGAGGCUACGUACGGGGUAGAAUACCGCGACCGCUGUGGCAUUAGGAUUUCACCCCAAAGAUAUGUCAGCUUUGAUAAUGGGAUCUUGCCGACUCACUGGGUUGAGGCGGAUGAUGCUGGCGAGAUAGAGGGCUGGAUCGAAGAGCUGGAGGACGACUUGAUAACCAACAAGCACGACGAUAACUUCGAGGCUGACCAGAAGAGUCUGGAUGCGCUGUUGGAAAAGCUGAAGUCAAGGAAGUCAAUGGGCCAAUCUGGAGCUACCUAGUAUCCGAUGAUGUCUGGUGUAUGGUGUUGCAAAAGGCGGAUCAUUCGACGGAUGAUUGAAUCUUGCUCGGGACCACUGUCUGCAAGAGGAGGUUGUGCGACCGUUCCGUACGGCCUAUACUCUGUCAUAGGCGAUAGAUAAGUGCUAACCUCAAAAUUUCCCGUCGUUUGUACAUCUUGAGAUAUCUUGCGGCCGC